GUCUGUCUGUCUGUCUGUGAUGAGAGCCUGGUGUCUGGUGGAUGUGUUCUGGUGGAUACUGUACUAUAAUAAGGAUCAGGAAGGUUCACACUGUGGACCACAGUAACACAGUUUCCCUUUACCACUGCAGACUGCCUUUCUUAUUGAUGUAAUAAUACAUGAAGGUUUAAUUUGUUGCAGAAAAGGACUGGGAGUCCAGCCAUGUAACGGGCCUUUCGGCAUCAUGUGUUAGUUAUCAAGAGAUGGAAAGGAGUGUCCAAUAACCCAAACCUUUGCAAUCCAUCGGCUGUGAACAGGGACCAUGGACAUGAUGCUAUGAGUCGCUAGUGCCUUGCUGUCACCGCAGGAGAUCCGAAAUUAAGACCAAGAUCGUUUGUUUUUGCUUCUCUUUUAUAUAUAUAUAUAUAAAAAAGAAUGACCCAUUUGCAAGCUGGGCUCCGGGCCGAAACCACUGAGAAAUCCAGGCUGGAGCUGAAUGAGAACCCGGACACUUUGCAUCAAGACAUCCAGCAGGUUAGAGACAUGAUCAUAACCCGUCCUGAUAUCGGGUUCCUGCGCACGGAUGAUGCCUUCAUCCUACGCUUUCUCCGAGCCAGGAAGUUUAAUCACUUCGAGGCCUUUAAACUGCUCGCUCAGUACUUCCUCUACCGCCAGCAAAACCUGGACAUGUUCAAAAACUUCAAAGCGGACGAUCCCGGCAUCAAACGGGCUCUGACUGAUGGCUUUCCGGGAGUCCUCCAGCACGCUGAUCACUAUGGUAGGAAGAUCCUGAUAUUGUUCGCUGCCAAUUGGGACCAGAGUAGGAACACCUUCACAGAUAUUCUCCGAGCAAUCCUUCUGUCCUUGGAAAUCCUAAUUGAAGACCCAGAGCUACAGAUAAAUGGUUUUGUGCUGAUUAUAGACUGGAGUAAUUUCUCAUUCAAGCAAGCCUCUGGAUUGACUCCUACCAUCCUAAGGCUGGCUAUAGAGGGCUUACAGGACAGCUUCCCAGCGCGAUUUGGAGGCAUCCAUUUUGUGAACCAGCCUUGGUACAUCCACGCUUUAUACACGAUAAUAAAGCCAUUCCUCAAAGACAAGACCAGGAAAAGGAUUUUCCUCCACGGUAACAAUCUGAAUAGUCUACACCAACUGAUCCACCCCGAGUGUCUACCCUCCGAGUUCGGAGGGACCCAACCCCCAUAUGACAUGGGAACGUGGGCACGGAGCCUACUGGGCCCAGAGUACAACGACGAGACUGAAUAUACUCACAACUCAUACAACUCGAUGCAUGUGAAAACUGUGCUGGACAAUUCGGAGAGCCACUCCUCUCCCAAGUACAUGAAAAGGUCUCAGUCAGUGGUGGAGCCAGGUGUACUGAAGCACGGAGACAGGGAUGAUGACAACACUCAGCCUCUACUGGCUCUAGAUUGAACAGAAGAUUGUCAGAGACCACAUGCAAACGCUGCCAACUCCAUGACUGGAUUUCAGUGGUGGACACAUGCUUAAAUCAAGUCACAUUCAGCUACGUGUUUUUCAUUUGUUAAAAAAUGGCAAGAUUCAGAUAUCGCCACCAGCCAUCAAUACUCACAGCUUUCUAGCAGAAGCUGAGUAAAGAACACAAUGAUUUUUACAUGAUACCUAAAGGAUUUUGUAUCUGCUGUAGGAGAUCUCGCAGUGAAUGUGGCAGCAUCACAGAUAUUUGGUACUUUGCCUAUUAAUGCGGAACUGAUUAGGUCUUGGUAACAGACAGGCAUGUAAUAUUUAGACAUAUUUGUGCCUUUGCAUGCUCCCCAAACAGGAGGGGGAAAUUUGUUUUUAUAUUUCAAUAUCAGAUCGAGGAAUUCAAAAAAAAUUAAGAAAAGGCAGGUUGAAAAAACACACACGUUUAUUAAAGUGCCAAAGAUCCUCAUAAUGAUUCCUCUUUUUAUUUGCUGUACAAGUGUUAAACUCCAUCGAUGCAUUUUAUUUAAAUUUAGUAAUUAAAGCUAACUUUGCCAACCACAAUGCUGUUUGCUUGAA